AUGGAUCCACCAAAUCCCCCAGAUCACAUUCGGAAUAUCAAUGCCAAAGUAUUUAUUCACGAAAAUGGUUUAGAUCAUACAGCCACUCAAGUUCGUCGAAUGAUCAUUCCUUUCGGUCAAUGCAAUCUUGAAAAGUUUAUUUCUCAAGUCAAUGAAGCAUUGGAAGUAUCUCCAUUGAGUCCGAAUGCAAUCACACUUGACAAGUAUUCUCUGAGAUAUCAAGAUGAUGAGAAGGAUUGGAUCGAUUUUUCAAGUGAAGUGGAAUGGACCUCUGCUUUGCAUUUAUGCUCCACCUCACAAAUCACAUUAUUUAAAAUUCAAAUUGUUCCCAAAGAAUUGUAUUUAAAAAAGAACAAAAUGUUAACAAGCCAUAGAUUUACGCCAUACACAACAGUAUCAAGAAAUUACAGACCAAAUGAUAGAGACUAUAUGAGCUCAGCUCAACAUGUAGUAGAUGUGUUAGUACCACCUGAAAUGCAACGAAAUCUUUUACAAUUUAUCGGUAAAAUGGCAUCUACUGCUCAAGAAAAUUCAACUUCUAUUGAUGCUGAAAAUGGUCCACAUUAUGGAACGGUUUGUGACGGAUGCCAAAUCAAAGAUUGGAUGGGAAAGAGAUAUAAAUGUAGAGACUGUGAGAACUAUGAUUUGUGUGAAGAUUGUUACAACAAUCCUUCAAUUAGAGAGCAACACUUUAGUGGAAAUCAUAUGUUCAUGUUGCACGUUUUACCAAAAAUUCCUGAACAAACAGAUGAUGCCACAAAUAUGCAAUCAUUAACACAAUCCUUUGACAAAACAUUAACAACCUCUUCAAGCAGUAAUACCUUGACAAAUCAAACUCCCUUUGAAAAGGAACUUUUAAUGUUGCAUGAUAUGGGAUUUGUAAACAAAACUAAAAAUUUGACUCUACUAGAAAAAUAUAGAGGUGAUAUUCAGAAAGUGGUCGUCGAUUUGCUUAAUGAAUCCAAAAUAUCAUCAAACGAAGAUAAUAAUUUUUAUUAUAUUUAA